AUGUACAGACGUGAAUUGCAACAGCGAGCGACCAGCAGACUGGAGGAUUUCUAUGAAAUAGAAUGCAAGGGAAACAAGUACUGGUUGAGGUGCAAGAAGCAGACCAUCGCAAUGAUCGACAAACCCAAGCCCACAGACAUGUCAACAAUGGUAGCUCAUCCGAGCGAACAAGGAUGGAAUCUACCUGUUGGCCACGUCCGGCAUUUCUUGAAAUUCCCGAUUGAUAUCCGUCUCUCGAUUUUCGAUCGCGUCCUCACUCUCUCUAAAGCCGAAACUAUUGCUCCUCGAGCUGUGACAAGCAAUUGGAAACGCUUCAUCGACCAGCCUAGAUUUGUCGUACACAACAAGGAAGGCGAAACCUAUGAGCAAGGGACUCCUGUUGUCAUUGAAACCCAUCAAACCGACGAAGAUGGAGAGUACACUCAACUCAAUUAUGUCUACUUCAAGGCUAUUGACGCUUCGUGCUUGAGGGUCUGCAAGCAGUUCUACCAAGAAGGAAGUAGCUUGCUUUAUGGUAAUAACUCGUAUGCUUUUGGCAUGGUCAACAAGCAUUAUCACACCAGCCCUCCCUCGUACUUUCAUGGUAGCGGAGAGCAUCGACCGGAUCCCCGAAAGCCUUUGGCAACCCACUUGACCGGUGCCAUCGCUCGCUCAAUGCCAAAGAUACACAAGCGAUCACACGUCAAGUCUUUGCCAGGUUGGAUUUAUUACGAUUCUUUUUUGAGAUUCUUGUGGACGAUCACACCAAGAAAUACGGCAAUGCUUAGAUCCCUGAUCUUCACUGGGAACGUAAAGAUUCAUCAUUGUGACCGGUCUCUAUGUCCAGCUGGAGGAUGUGAGGACAGCAUUAUCAAAAGCCUCAGACUUUAUAUCCCAUUCUUCAACACAUUCUGUCCCAACCUGAAAUACUUGGCAAUCCAAGCUAAAGAGGAUGUUGUUCAGCCAGGCCCUCCAUACCCCUUACGACCGGGCGAGCCAGCCAACCGCGAUGAAGCUCUUCAACGAUUUCUCGACGAACUACGGAACAUCGUUUCUCUGCAAAAGCUAGUCGUAAUCGAUGAAAGUCAGCAACCGCUUCAGAUUGCGAAGUCAACCAUGGAAUGGUUCAAUCAUCGAACCAACGAAAGAGCACGUGCCGAAGCCGCCGAUCGUCAGAAAUUGAUUCCAUCAACCAAAGAGAAGGUCAAGACUCUGGAAACUACAUGCAAGUUCUGUGGGGGUGAGCAUGUCUGGCCUGACUGCUGGGACUUGUGUAACUUUUGCGGGGUCUACGGCCAUUACCGAUCUACUUGCCCUGAGUUGCAGAAAUAA